AUGUCGAGUACUAUUUUGGACACUGGCCUGUCCGUUGUCUACGAGGCUGAGAACUCUCCGCCAAUCGUCGACAUUGUAUUCGUCCAUGGCUUGCAGGGACAUCCGUCCAAGACAUGGACUUACCGCCCCAAGACCUCCGAUACGCUUGAACCGACAGGCGAGAAAGACGAGAAAAGAAGUGGCAUUCGUCGUCUGGCCUGGAAACCACCAAAAGCCUCGCCAACAGGCGGCACGCGAUCAACUGCUACUUCGCUUCCUGAGGAAAAUGACAGCCAGCCUGGGUCAGUGUUCUGGCCUGCCGAUUUGCUUCCCGACAAAUGUCCCGACUCACGCAUUCUCACUUUCGGUUAUGACUGUAAGGUUACCAAGUACAGAGAUGGUGCGAUAAACUAUAACAGCAUUCUCUCCCAUAGCAAGGAUCUUUUAUUUUCUUUACGCAGGGAAAGGCGUCUAAAACACCCGCUGGUUUUCGUUGCUCACAGUCUGGGUGGGAUUGUCGUCAAGGAGAUGCUUGCGAGGUCAUCAUCAUCCCUUGAAGCCGAGCUUAGAGACAUAGUCGAGUCAACUGGAUCGAUCAUUUUCCUUGGUACUCCGCACCGCGGUAGUCAGGAUGUUGCGGCACUCGGCGAAGUGGUGCGGUCUGUCAUCAGCUCUCUCGGCAUGGAGACGACGCCUGCCAUUCUUGAUGCCCUGGGAUUAAAGACGACGGAUUUGUCACGAGCGCAGGAAGACUUUUCCAUACUAUGGCAAAAGCACGACUUUCAAGUCAAAACCUUUCAAGAAGGCCUCAGCUUGGCAAAGAUUGGGAAAAAGGUGGUUCCUGAUUAUUCAUCGUUGAUCGGAGAUUAUCGUGAGCAUGCUGAGACGCUGCAAGCGAACCAUGUGGAAAUGUGUCGGUGUUCGGGAAAAGAUGACCCAAACUAUCAUAAAAUAGCUGGAGAGCUUGGCUCGAUAUACCGUUCCAUCGCGAGAGUUAAAGCAACUGAGGCUCUCCCAGCUCGGCAAACACGAUUUCCCAAGUCAGUAUCGAGUGCCGCCUCCACGAAAGGGAGACUGAGUAACAUCACCAAUGGUCAGCUCUAUGAAGCUUGCCUUGGAUCUCUGUGGUUCCCGGCUAUUCAUAUUCGCUACCAAAGCCUGGAAACCCCGGCAAACCAGACGUGCUCCUGGUUAUUCAACCAUGAGGUGUAUCGAGAUUGGUUCAACAGUACGAGUAGGCAGAAGAGCUACGGUCUUCUUUGGCUGAAAGGAAAGCCAGGUUCGGGUAAAUCAACACUGAUGAAAGAGGCUUUUCGCCGGGCGGCGUCGGGGCAGGCCAAGUCACACCAUACUACUGCUGCCUUCUUCUUCAAUGCCAAAGGGGAUACACUCGAGCGCUCGUGCCUCGCGCUUUUCCAGUCCUUGCUAUACCAACUUCUGCCUGGAGACAUAGAGAGCCUCCAGCGCUUCCACAAGAUGUGGGAAGAAAAAGUCAAAUUCAGGAGAGGGAGUACGCGGCCAGAGAUGUCUAUUUGGACAGAGCUAGAGCUGAAAUCCUUCUUUGAGUCGGUGCUGCUCAGCCAGACGAGGAGAACAAUCAUUUUCAUUGAUGCUUUGGAUGAAUGCGAUGAGACCAUGCUACGACCGAUGGCCUAUUUCUGGAGGUCAAUAACUGAGUCGGCCUUUGUUCAAAGAGCUCAUCUCAGUGUCUGUCUAUCCAGCAGGCACUUCCCCACAAUCACCUUGGAUGACUGUCCUGAGAUUAUCGUUGAGCAGCACAACAGUGACGAUAUUGUGGCAUAUGUGGACCAAAAGCUUCGAGUCUGCGUGCCCGACCAAGAUCCGCACUGGAAACACCUAAGAGGAAGUAUUCUGAACAAGUCUGAUGGUGUGUUUCUCUGGGUAGUCUUGGUGAUAGAAGACGUGCUUAGAAGCUGGGAUGAUGGCAGAGGAAUGCCGUACCUAACCAGACUGGUCACGAAUGUGCCAAAGGAACUCGAAAAAUUGUUCUCCAGCAUGUUUUAUAACCUUGAUCAGGAUGAAAAGCGAACAGCUACCAGGCUUUUCCAGUGGGUAAUCCUAGGAACGAAACCAUUUAGCCUUCACGAGUGGCAUCACAUAAUGGCCUUCAUUUGGCAGCCUUCGAUUACAUCACUCAAAGAGUGGCGUCAGUCGGUCCAUUUUACCGAUAGCGACGAGCAGCUUGUAAAGCAGAUCAGGAGAAUCUCAAAGGGCUUGGUGGAACUGAAGAGCAUUGGAGCAGGUGAUUUACAAGACGAGGGAGUCGAAUUAUUGUCCGUUUAUGCAGGAGCGGGAUCGCUUAAUCGAGAGCAAGGCAAUACUAGGAUCGUCCAGGUCAUACACGAAUCAGUGCGCGAUUUCUUCUUAAAAGGCAAUGGGCUUUCUAUGCUUGAUUCGAGUCUAUGGGUCAACCCGAUCGGCAAUAGCCAUCUUUCGAUUAUCAACACCUGCUUGGAUUACAUCAAUAUCAAAGAACUUGAUGGACUCGUCAAGGCGAGGAUUCACGCAGCUCGCCGCCACGAAGACAGUUUGAAGAUUUUGGAAAAUGGCAAUAAAGGCCCAACUCGUUUCAAUGAUGUGGCGGCUCGAAAUUUGGCACUUUACUACAAACACCGGCUGCAACAUGGCAAGCAAUCGGCGACAGGAGAAGAAGAUGCAUCCGUGUUUGAUGUGCUGAGAUCUUUGGACGACGCUCCAGGUGUGGAUAUCGUUGAAUGGAUGGCAAAGGGAGGCGCUAUUCCCGGCGAGCAAUCUGAACCGGACGGGUCCCUCUGUAAAUCCGAGUCGUGCUCCUCUCAGCUGAGUCGGUCACGAAUACUGGAAGAUGACCCUGCGCUUCUCUCAUACGCCACAUUCAGACUGUUCACUCAUGCUCAACUGGCUGAACGAUGCAAAGUCGACCCAAGCCCUGUGGUAAAGCGCUUGAGUGAUAGAGCAACAUGGGCUCGCUGGGUUACACUCAGAGAGGACGUACCAGAAGGGACGGAAAUGCUCGCUUUCGCUGCUUAUAUGGGCCUAUCGUCGUGGGCGAAGGCCAACGAUGUUAUUGAGGUUUUGGGUUUCGAUGAGAUGAUCUGCCAGGAGCAGCAAACGAAGCAAAACAAGAAUGCCAGCCGUGCAAGACGCCGUAGGGAAGCAAGGCUCAAGAGAAACAAAGCUUGUGGCAUACAGCAACCUAAUACUGUCCCCGAUAUACGGCAACCUGAUACAUGUAUUCUCCCCGACAUGCAGCGACCUGAUGCUACCAUCCCCGAUGAUCCGCUCUUCACACGCACGCAUGAUUGGAGCGGAGACUUUCGAGUUUCUCCCGAUGACUUCCACAUGCCUGAUGAAUCCGACCUGCAGCAACCCGGUACCGUCGCUGAUAACUUGUUCGAACCUGCUUGGAACCUGUCCACCGAGUGGUUUCCACCAUCGCCGUCCGUUCCCGGCCGACCUGGAAGUGUCGCAAGCUUUAGCUCUGCGGGCAGUCACAAUGUCAGUCCCUGGGCAUAA